GGUUACCGCGAGCUGCACGUGUGCUUUCUUGGCUUGGCCGCGGUGGCGAUGGACCCUUUGGAUCGGAUAGUAAAGCCCAAAACAAAAAGGGCCAAGAGAUUCCUUGAGAAGAGAGAACCGAAGCUGAGUGAAAAUAUUAAAAAUGCCAUGCUGAUUAAAGGGGGCAACGCAAAUGCAACAGUAACACAAGUGCUUAGAGAUGUGUAUGCCCUGAAAAAACCAUAUGGUAUACUGUAUAAAAAGAAAAAUAUUACAAGACCAUUUGAAGAUCAGACAUCACUGGAAUUCUUUUCAAAGAAGUCAGAUUGUUCUUUAUUCAUGUUUGGCUCCCAUAAUAAGAAGCGACCUAAUAAUCUAGUUCUGGGUCGUAUGUAUGACUACCACGUGCUGGAUAUGAUUGAAUUAGGAAUUGAGAAGUUUGUCUCUCUAAAAGAUAUUAAGAAUAGUAAAUGUCCUGAGGGCACGAAACCCAUGUUGAUAUUUGCUGGUGAUGAUUUUGAUGCAACAGAAGACUAUAGAAGACUAAAAAGUCUUCUUAUUGAUUUCUUCAGAGGCCCCACAGUACCAAAUAUUCGCCUGGCUGGGUUGGAGUAUGUUCUGCACUUCACUGCACUGAACGGGAAGAUUUACUUUCGAAGCUAUAAGUUGCUCUUGAAGAAAUCUGGUUGCAGAACGCCUCGGAUUGAAUUAGAAGAGAUGGGACCCUCACUGGAUCUGGUUCUGAGGAGGACGCACUUAGCAUCCGAUGACCUUUAUAAAUUAUCCAUGAAAAUGCCCAAAGCUCUCAAGCCAAAGAAGAAGAAAAAUAUCUCCCAUGAUACUUUUGGUACAACUUACGGAAGGAUUCAUAUGCAGAAGCAAGACCUAAGCAAACUACAAACCAGGAAGAUGAAGGGGUUGAAGAAGCGACCUGCAGAAAGGAUAACAGAAAACCAGGAGGAAAAAUCAAAGAGAGUUAAAAAAGAUUGAUGGAAUUUAGCCAACAGAUAUGGCUUUAUUUUAGUCUGUUUACUUAAGAGAAUUGUCAAGCUUCAGUCAAUUCAGAGUUUCUUAUAAGAUUUUAUUGUAUAUUUUUAUAACAUAAUAACUUACUCUAUAUUAUUGUGGACAGUAAUGUACUGGUGUUAAGUUUGAGCCUCCUCCCUCUGAUGUUACACCCUGGUAUGCUGUUUUCUCUCUAUGAUAUGACAUCUGCCUUCCUAAAACUCUUCUCUCUCAUUGGGUAAGAGAGGAGGGAUCUUCACAACCAUUGGUGUUUUUAAAAAAAUUCUGGAUGGGACAUUUUAGAUAAACAGAGACAGCCUUGGAAAGCAGAAAGAACCCAAAGGAGCUGUAUAAACAUUUGAGAUAAAAACCUAGCCCCAUUUCCCAAUAUGUAUCUAUGACCUGAUUUUUAUUUUUUACUUUUCUGUUAUUCUGCCUGAAAUC